UGUAAGUGCAGAGUCUACGUAGGGAGAAGGCGAGAGAUGAAGAACGAUGCAUUGCUCCGUCGCCGUCGUGUGCUGGGAUUUCUUAUCCAGUCCGCUCACGAUCUGCAUGUCUCUCCGAUUGUCAAAUACUCCGCGCUUUCGCUUUUCGCCGACCGGUUUUACCCCUCUCUCUCCAGAAAGGGCAUGGACAAAGAAAACUGGCUUUUAGAUCCCAUGAGAGAAAGCAACUUGCAGUUAUUUGCUCUUGCUUCUGUAUGGAUCUCUUGCAAAAUACACAUGUCUCCUCCCCUAUCUGUCAAGUGUUUAAAGUCAUUAGGAGACAAGAGUAUUACAGAGCAGCAUUUUACAACAAGGGACUUUUUGGAAGCUGAAUUAUUGCUAAUGCAGGUACUGAAAUUUGAGAUUGGCGUGUCAAACAUUGCUUAUAGAUUCCUGGAGGAUCUUGUUAUUCAAUUGAAGGAUGUUGCACGGGUUGGUGAACAUAUGAAUUUUGAAGCUUGCAUGGAUAUCAUGGACCUACUUUAUGAAAAGGAGGAGUUUUUGGAUCUUUUCAAUACUUCUAAUUGUUUAGCUGCAUCUAUAUUGGUUGCCACGUAUGUUAUUACAGUUCCAGUACAAAGGUGGGAAUUCCCUGUUCUCCCUUGGGUUGUGUUGGUUACCUCAUGCAAGGAACAGGAUAUUGUGGGAAGGGUCAGAAUCAUUCUGAAGCAUGUGUUUGAGCGUUGAACCUCACCAACUACUUUCAUUUGAGGGGGGGUUUAGAGUUUAGAGGUAUGUCUGUGGGAAGUGGAUGUAGAAGGAUGCCCUGUUGUUAGGAGUUAGGACGACAACAUUAGCCAUUGGGAUGGAAGAGGCAGCAGAAAUGGUUCCACGACUGACGGCUGGGAUUGUGGAUGGCUUAAUUGCACAUUGCACUUUGGCUUAGAAAAUUCUUUGUUCACGGACUCUCAGAAUUUGAGAGCUUGGCAUUUAUGACAUGUUGCUAUUGCAAAUUGGGACAGAUUUAUGUUAUUUUAGGUCCACCAGGACCACAUCAGCAGGUAUA